CAGCGGCGGCGGGACCGGAGGGGCGGGAAGGCAGUGGCGGCCGCGCCCCUCUCCACGCCCACCGGCGGCAGCUCUCGCCGGCCCCGCGCCCCCCGAUUGCGCAAUGGACGGUGCUUGUUUCAACAGGUGAAACAGACUUGAGCUGAGGAUCAAAGACUACUGCAUGUGAACAUACCAUGCAGGAAGAAAUGACGAACGAGGAUGAAACAAAGCAGACCAGCGAAAAGGAACAAGAAGACCUUGUUACAGAUGUUUCAGCUGUUGAUUUAAAGCAUGGACCUGACAAUGUGCUUUCUUCCAAUGACAGUGGAAAGUCUCUUACUGUGAGCAAUUCUACUCCAGCUAAAGGUGAUGGGAAUGACAAAACAAAACUUAAAGGAGUGAGAUUGCCAUGCAUGCCUUCUCGUGUCCUUCAUCUUCGUCAAAUUCCAGAUAAUGCCACUGAAGCAGAUGUCAUUUCGUUAGGCCUCCCUUUUGGCAGAGUAACCAAUGUACUGAUUCUAAGAGGAAAAAGUCAGGCUUUUUUGGAAAUGGCUUCUGAGGAAAAUGCGGUUAGUAUGGUGAACUACUGCUCUUCUGCUAUACCUCACAUCCACAAUCAACCUGUGUAUAUUCAGUAUUCCAACCACAGAGAACUUAAGACUGACAAUCUACAUACUCAAGCUAAUGUUCAAGCUGCGCUGCAAGCUGUGAAUACUGUGCAGUGUGGAAACGUGGCUAUUACAAGUACUCUUGCUCCUGAAGCUGGGGUCUCUCCAAGUCACAGUUCUGUUCUUCGAAUUAUUAUUGAAAAUCUUUUCUACCCUGUCACUUUAGAAGUGCUGUAUCAGAUUUUCUCUAGGUUUGGAUUUGUCUUGAAGAUUGUCACCUUUACAAGGAAUAAUCAGUUUCAAGCUUUGAUCCAAUUUGCUGAGCCAGUGAAUGCAUAUUAUGCCAAAAUGGCUCUGGAUGGCCGAAAUAUCUACAAUGCAUGCUGCACUCUACAUAUUGAUUUCUCCAAGUUAACAAGCCUUAAGGUGAAGUACAACAAUGAGAAAAGCAGAGAUUUCACUCGCUUUGACCUUCCAGCUUCUGAUGUCCAACUACCCCUGGAUCCAGCCAUAAUUGCUGCCUUUGGGUCCGAAGGUAUCAUCUUCCAACCACAUGUAGCGACUGGUGGAUUUGGCCCAUUUGCAUACAUUCCUCAAGGUGCUGUCACCACAUCUGUGACAUCUGUACAGAUGAGUAAUCCAGGUGUUCAAGGAAAUUCUGUUUUACUGGUCAGCAACCUCAACCCUGAGGCCAUCACACCACAUGGACUUUUCAUCCUAUUUGGUGCCUAUGGUGAUGUGCUUCGUGUGAAGAUCAUGUUUAAGAAUAAAGAAAAUGCUUUGGUUCAGAUGGCAGAUGCAACCCAGGCUCAAAUAGCUAUCAGCAAUUUGAAUGGACAGAAACUUUAUGGGAAAUUCAUCCGUGCAACUCUUUCAAAACAUCAGAAUAUUCAACUCCCUCGUGAAGGAGAAGAUGACAAUGGUCUGACAAAGGACUACAGCAAUAGCCCAUUACAUCGCUUUAAGAAGCCUGGCUCUAAGAACUUCCAGAACAUCUUUCCUCCAUCUGCCACCCUACAUCUCUCCAACAUCCCGACUUCUGUUUCUUUUGAUGACCUUAAGAGUCUUUUUGCACGUACUGGAUCUACUGUGAAAGCCUUCAGAUUUUUCCAGAGAGAUUGCAAAAUGGCUCUUAUCCAGCUGGGCUCUGUGGAAGAAGCAGUUCAUGCUCUCAUUGAACUUCACGAUUAUGACCUAGGAGAAAAUCAUCACCUCCGAGUUUCCUUCUCAAGAUCUACAAUUUGACUUUUCUGCAAACAUUCCUUUUAAAACUGCAUUGCAGUUUUCUUACUCUCAUCAAGUAGAGACUGAAGUAGCUGUGACCAAUUCUGCUCUUAAAAGAAAAAUCUCGUUCAUACACACAGCAAAGAAUUAGGGGAUAAUCUUUUCUGAUUUCAGCUGCCAGUAUAUGAUCAAAUCUUAUUCAUCAAUAAAAAGAUUAAAUUUCUAUAGAAAUAUUUAUCAUCAAGUUUCCUAUUUUAAUUUUACUUUUGAGAAUAUAUUUUGAAUUUUUGUUUCAAAUUAGCCUUAUGAAAUAUUUUAGAGUGCUUUUUCAAUAUACCAAACUGAGAAUGUUUCUAACAAAAUGGUGAAUCCACUCUACCCAUAUUAAACACUGAUUUGAAUGUGAAAUAGCACUUGGCUUUCUUGAAGAAAAAACCAAGCGCUGAUUGCAAAUGCCCUCUGAACAGUAUUUAUGUUACUAGAGUGUGUGUUCACACUUUGGCAAAUCCUUACUAUAGCUUUUUUAAAACAUAAAUGUUGUGCUGUUCAUAUGGGUUAAAUUAUUAGAGGAAAGGCAGUGCCUUUUCUUAGUGGAGUAAAAGAUGUUUGACAAGUUUCUCCAAGCUGUAACAUUAGUGUCUUAGCUUGACUUCAUCCUGGAAUGGAAGUCUGUGUUAUUUUACUAUGAAGUGGUAUUGUGUAAUAGUAUUUUGAAGAAAAUAAGAGGAGAAAAUAGUCCUGAUUUCAAAGAGUUUUUUACAUUUCUUUAAAGAAUAAAAUGUUUACAAUCUUAUAGAAAAUAUUCAGGUCUGUGAUGGCUUAAUGAAUUUUUAAGAAGUUAUUUUUGGUAAGGUCAUCUUUGGGGAUGAAAAAUUAAACCUCAAGAGUUUUUUGUAUCAAUAUAGUUACUGUGUAUUUACUUAAUUUCUUAUUAUGUGCCUUACUGUGUGCUUAUGACACAACAGCUUUGAGUUUUAUCUGAAGUAUCUUGAAAAAUGUAUUGCAGGCUUUUAAAAUUCUUUUUUUUGUCUUGUAAAUAUUUUCCUAACUGCUACUUUUGUGUUUCCUCCCCAUCCCCAGUAAUAUUCUAACUUCUAGUCUCUGGUGCUUUAGUAUAAAGAUAAGGUAGAGGUGGAAAUUAAGUUUAAAACAUUAAUUAAGUUUAAAGCAGAGUCCUGUAGGCCUCUCUGAAUUUAUCUGGUUACAGUUGUCUGAUACCUGUAUUUGGCUAAAAAAAAAAAAAAAAAAUUAUUCCCAGAAAAAUGCACAAAAAACAAACAGACAAAAUAAAAUUAUACAUAAAGGCAAAAGAGCAAACACCACUCCAGUUUCUGCAGUUUAACUUCCUGAGGGAUGGUGUUUCAAAUAAUUCUUUUUCAGGUUCUUGAGUUUACCAUGAAAAGCAGUCUUUCAUUUGUCAAGAAGUUCAAUACUGAAUGUCCAUUUGGAGCUGUGAUGCGGUUAGAUUUUGUAUAGAAAGUUAAGAACAUUGCUGAUUUCUGUCAUUAAAGAGUUCUUUUUUCUUUUUAAGGGCUAUUUGUUUUCAGAAUUUACCGAAAAUACAUCACUUUUUAAAAUGUGACAUAUCACAUUUGCUUGUUUAUAACUACUGGAGAAUUUUUUGCCACUCAUUUAUUUUGUUUUUUAACAAUUUUUAUUAGUUGUAGAAUUCCUCUUAUCUUUCCAGAACAAAGGUAUAAUUCUGGAAAUAUCUGAGUAUUUUGGAGUGAGCUUCUUCAGACUGUUACUCUGAAUGACUUCUGUAAAAAUCAGUGAUGUACUAGCUUGCCUUGCUUUAAUGUCUGUAACUUGACUUGCAACAGCUAAUCAUACUAAAGAAGGUUCUGGGUCUCUAAAAUAAACAAAAGCAUGGCCUUUUGACAGUAAGUAAAAUGCUGACUAUGUAGGUAGCUAUAGUAGGUUCUAUUCAACACAAGUAAAUAACUUUUCAGAAUGUUAUAUUUAAUGGAAAGCGAAAUGCUUAGGAAUAACAGACAAUGUUAUCUUUGGGAUUUGAGGUACUCUUCCCAUUUUCCCCUCUUUGAAAUGACUGAUUCAAUUUAGUGAACUGUCAACCUUUUUUAAAAAUAACUUCAAAAAAAGAAUUGUAAAAAAAGAAGUGAAAGAAAUGCAGAAUCAGAGCUCCCAGAGCAACCUAUUAAAAAUAUCAUCUUCAUGUUUUUAGCAAAGUUCCAUGUUGUAAAAGCCUUGUUGAAAAGGUCCUGUCUGCAAAUGAACAGGAUACUUAAUUUGUAAUUCAUGUCUAUGUUUAACCUUUUUAGCUGUCACUCUGAUAAUAGUUAAAGACAGUUGCUAAGAAUGUUCCUUGUUGCUGCACAUAGUGGUUUGUUAAUAUUGGGACAUUAUUCAUAAUGUAUGAUUUAUCACUUUUUUAAUGAACUACAGCUAAAGGGCAGAGGAAUCGUAUUAGACCUGAAUGUAAUUCUAAAGCAGAGAAAAGGAACCUUAAAUUUGAGAAUGAAUAUUGACACACAUAAUAUUAGUAUGUGUAUGCCAUAUCACGUUAUACAUGUAUACAAACAUACAAAUUACAUGCCCUUUUAAUUUGUGUAAUCUAAUAAUACUUAGUGCUAAUACUUAAACAAAUUUGAAGGGAUGAGAAUGUACAGCAUUCUCACAGAAAGAGAAGAAAUAAUCUUUUUAUUUUGUCUUAAUGUUAGAAUAGAACUAAUGUCAGCUCUGAACUACUUGCAGUUUGAAAUGGAGGCCUACAGUUUAGGCUGCCAGAGAUUUACAGAUUUUUAAUAUAAGAAAAAUCUGGAUAGUAGAUUUUUGUGAUCUUCUGUUAGUUUUUUUGGUUUUUUUCUUUUAUUAUAUAUUUCUCCUGUAUCUUUUUGUCAUUUUCUCUUGUUAUCAUUGUUUCUUUAAUUAAAUAACUCUUGUCAGAUUACUUGCAAAUUUAUGUAUUUCUCAGACUCUGCCUCUUAAAGAGAUCUGCUUUUACAAGUGCAGACAAGCCUCAAAAAUAGCUGUACAUCUUAAUGUUUCCUUAACAGAAUGAUGGUACUAGAUAAGGCUAGCCUAUCUUAUUCAGUAUUCUGCCUUGAAUAAUUAAUUAAAAGCAAAAAUCUUACUAUAAUGCACUGUUAGUGAAGGAUGAGGACAAAAGGAGUAAUUCUUAAGCUGUGCUUGACUCAUCAAUGCAAAAGCACUGUUGCACUCAGUUUGUGAAUCUCUAAAGAAUAUAUGAGCUCAGAACCUCUGAGAAGAGCAGGCUUUAUUUUACAGAUUCUUACACUGAUGCAUGUUAAAAAUGAAGUUCUAAGGCCUUAAUCUUACCUCUCCCUGGGAUUAGGGCCGGCCACUCUGUCAGAGAUAUUCCUACUAUCCCACCUAGCAAUAUGUUGCCUUUUCUAUAACAGCACAACUUCCUGAAAGAUUCUGGCUUCAUCCUCUCAAUACAAUGGUAUUAAGUUAUUAAAUAUAGGUUAUAAUUUCUUUAAUAUAAUUUCUGUUUAAGUCACUUGUGAAGCCUGUUGUAAUGUGUAACACAGAAGUUGUACUCUAAAACACUAGUGGUUAAAUUCACAGCUACCAGAAGUGGAUGAGGGUGGAGUUCUCUGCCUUUGUGUUUUUUAAGUCAAAAAUCAGCCCUGGGUUACUUCCAACUCCUACUUUUGUUCAGUGGCAGCACAUUGAUUCAAAAUGUAGUAAGGCAUUCUUAACCCAGGAGAAACUUGGUGGCUUUUCAAAUGACCUGUAAUAUGUUGCCUAAUAGUAAAGCUUCAGCUUCUUUGAAUUUCUUUAAAUGCCUUGGAACAUCAGCUGAAAAUUUGAGUUUUAGCUUGACUUGGUUGCGUUGUCUGCUGGUAUUGUCAAUUCUAUUUUUUGUGCUCUGAGGUAGAUUUAUGUCUUUUUUGUGCUUCAGUUAUUCCACGGAUCUGAAGAGACUUGCCUAUAUGACACUUUCUGUUUACAGGUGGCAAACCUGUUUGUAUUCAAACUAUUUAACCAUGCUAAAAAAAAACAACAGAUUCAACUUCCCCUCCUCAGAUUCGUUAAUUUUAAGUCAUAAAAUGAUACAGAUUUUUUUUUUCUGUUAAGGAUGCAGACCUAUUCCUUGUCAUUGUAUACAACUAGCAUGUGCUGCUGUUCUUCAAAUGCUUUUAACUUUUGACUUGGUAUGUUUUUAUCUAAAGCAGAUCUAUCACACUUAGAGCUUUUACUGUUGUGCUGGAAAGAUACUGUUCAGAUUACACAGUUUUUCUUUUAUAUUUAACAGUCUUCUGAUGAUUUGUUUGCUCUGUACUAGACUGUUGACCUGUUCUUUUAAAAGAAAAUCCUAACGGUUGGGAGUUGUGAAUUAUUUCAUGAAAGAAUAUUCAUGAUAUUCUUUCUCAAUUAUUGAGAAUAAUGGAAAUAUUCUCAAUUUAAUACUGUGUGAGGUGACUGCGAUAUAACAAAGCGGGACCAAAGUUUAUGUGCCUUCAGUAGUCCUGUGUGUAGGGUUUUCUCGUAUCUACUGCUGUUUCAUGUACAAUAAAUACUCUAUUCCUUUCCCCUGGAAAUUGUAUAUUUAUAUUGUUAAGAUAGAAAGUUGUCCGCUAACUGUACAGGCAGUCAGUUACAAUUUCAGUACAGAUUUAAUGAUAAAAUUGCCUUCACUGCUGCAGGUUUGGGUUUGUAUUUUGGAGGGUCAUACCACAGAAUGGCAGAAUCCAAGUGUAAUCCAUGUAUUUCCAACCUGAAUAGUGACAGUAGUUUGUGUUUGGAGCAGACCCCAACAAGAGGUCUUGUGUAGCUGAAGGCCCUUGACACUUGCUAUGAAAGCUUUUACAUUUGACUAAUGUCAUCUUAUUGCUGUAAACGUUCUUCAGUUCCUGGAAACUGCAUUGCUUAUGAAGAGUGGGAAUCUAACCACUUAGUCCAUUUUAAGCACUUUCCAAUUUUCCUUGAGCAUGUUAUCUGCUUUCUGCAAAAUUUCACCCUAGAACUGCAGCAGCAGACAAAAAGGGUUACUAAGCAAGCCAAUUCUUGCAUCAGAACAUCACCUCAUUUUCUGACCAAAGACUGACUGUACUGGUCUGAGUGAUACAUUAUGUGUAAACUUUUCUCUCAAGUUCCUUUUGGAAGGGAAAAGCCAAUGCGAAGUGGCCUUUACUUGCUGUUUGUUGAUGAAACACUUAGUCCAUAAAGAAAAUGAAAUAGAUUGUAAUGUGAAACAAUACUGUAGGCAAGGGGUUAAUGGACUACCUUUAGUAUUGUAUCUAAGACAUUCAAAAGCAUGGCUAGGAAUUGUUGAAAUUCCUUCAUUUACAUUAUCUGUUCACAAAAGUCCAUUUUCAGAUUAUAAAAAUGUUGAUCUAACACAAGAAAAUAAUGUAAAUAUUUGUAACAUCUUUAAAAAAAAAAACCAAAAAACUGGUAAAAAUGGGUUUGGUGGGCAAAUGAAAGUGUAAAAUGGUUUCAUAUUAAAAAAAAAAAAAUCAAUUGUCUUGUAUGUUCUAAUAAACAACAGUACCAGCUUUCACUUGUAAAGCAGCUUCUGGCAUUGGAGAAAAAAGAUUCUAUGUUUGCUAAUGUAAUAUGUACAAAAAAGAUGUAAUAUUAAAAAGAAACCCUAUUUUCUAAUUGUGUAGUGCAUGGUUAGUUUGAAUUUGUUUUGCUGCAAUAUAUUGUUUCAUUGAAGUUCACGUAUAUGCUGAUUAAUUGAUACCUAUACCUAAUUCCCUAACUCUAGUUGUUGUAGCAUGCCUUUUAAUAAAUGUCAUUACAUCUGCACUCUGAA